GUGCUUUGUGUGAACAUGUGAGCUGAGAACCUGAUCUAACUUUGAGUAAAGAAGUUCAACAGCAGCUUCUGCUUGUGGGCUCUUUUUUUUUUUUUUCCCUUUCCCUUCCCAGAAGCUGCACAGCGAAAAGCGGCUCUCACCAGCGAUCAGCCCUCGCUCUCCCUCCCUCCCCGUCUCUCUCCCUCCUUGCCAAGACUGAAUCGUCUGGAUCCCAAAAGCCAGGCGCCUUAUUCGAUCUCUCCUCAGGAAAAUGGAUUCCAGGGUGCUGUCAGAGAUACAUUUAUGUAAGAAGAUCUUCACUGCAGCCUUGUGUGUCUUAGUUUUGCUGCCAGAUUCGGGCUGUGCAAGGAAUCUCUGGAAGCGUGCUCUACAUCUGAAAAUGACGGAGAAAUAUGAUGAUUAUGAGUACCCUCUUCAUUCUCACAGUUCCCACUACCAGAAGAACGACCGCUGCCCGCCACCACCCCAGACUUUGCCUGACCGAGCCUGCGAGGUGCCCAGCUGCCGGUCGGAUUCAGAAUGUGAAAGGCACAAGCGCUGCUGCUACAACGGGUGCAUCUACGCCUGCUUGGAGUCCGUACAGCCACCUCCAGUUUUAGACUGGUUGGUUCAGCCCAAACCCCGCUGGCUGGGAGGAAAUGGGUGGCUUUUGGAUGGCCCAGAGGAAGUCUUACAAGCUGAGGCCUGCAGUACCACGGAGGAUGGAGAUGAGCCUCUGCAUUGCCCCACAGGCUAUGAAUGCCAUAUCAUUAACCCGGGCAACACGGCUGAAGGAAUUCCUAACAGGGGCCAGUGCAUCAAGCUCCAUGGAAAUCCAGACGGACGCAACUUGAGGCAUAAGUAUUACAAGGAAUAUUUUGGAAGCAAUUCCAACAAUGUGGUUGGCUACGUGAAAAACCAGCAGAAGCACUUAGGCUAAUCCAACGCGUGCCAGGCUGGACCACUCUGUUAAGCGGCUGUCAAGGAAUCCUUUACCCAACAAUUUUGUGUUUUGGAAGAAUUCUGGUCCCAAAUCUCCACGAGCACGACUUCAGCGUUACCCUGAUCCCUGCCCACCAGUGAUAAAAGAGUUUGCUAUUCAAGAAACAGGAGGAGUCUAGAUAUUAAGCCUAUCAGCAGGGGGAGAAAUGUGAUCCC